AUGACGAAGGGUACGACGUCUAUGGGUAAGCGCCAACACACAAAGACGCACACGCUGUGCCGUCGCUGCAACCGUCGUUCCUUCCACCGUCAGCACAAGACUUGUGCUGCCUGUGGCUACCCAUCUGCCAAGACGCGGAACUACCAGUGGGGUCAGAAGGCUAUCCGCCGGAAGACUACUGGCUCGGGUCGCAUGCGCUACUUGAAGACUGUGCCUCGCCGUGCCAAGAACGGCUUCCGCACGGGCACUGCUACGCCUGCCUCUGCUUAA